UGUUACAUCCAUUAAACUUGCAUUCUUAUCAGAACUCUUAUAAGGAAGUCAACUCUUUCUACCUGCCACGGACAGCAUCUUUUGUACACACUAAGUGCAUUAUCAUGUCAUACUUGGCACCAGUCCUUAGAAUUGGAGGGCAAGGAGGAAGUGAAUUUGAUUUUAAUGGUAUUGGAAAUGGAGCCACACUAAAACAGAUCUGGGUGUGGGCUGGUGGCUGGCAGAUAAGAGGAAUCAAGGCUUGGCUAACUGAUGGCCGGUCCAGGCAAUUUGGUACCUCUGAUGGGAAGUAUUCAGAAUUUACCUUUGAAGAUGACGAGCAAGUCAAGUCCCUCUCACUUUGGGGAAAUGGAGCUGGAACACGUCUGGGUGCCAUCAAAUUCAAGACAAAUAAGUCCAGAGAGUUCUUUGCACAGAUGACAGAAUGGGGGCUGAAAAAAGAAUAUCCAAUUGAUGUGGGUUCUGGGAUCUGCAUGGGAAUCGGAGGACGUGCUGGUGCAGAUAUUGAUAGCUUAUGCUUUAAAUUCAUCAACACCAUCAAGUCUACAAAGUUAACAAAUGUUCAGUAUCCCACACUUCACAGUGUGAUACCUAAUGUGGCUGUUGAGGAAAUCAAAUCCACAACAUACCAUAAUAAUACUACUGAAACUCAAGAAUAUAAAGUAGAAUCCUCCAAAACAGUCACCAGAAAGUCAUCCUGGUCCGUUACCAACAAGAUGGAAACCUCAUUUAAAAUGGAAGUGAGGGCAGGAGUUCCAGAGGUUGUGGAAGUUACAGCUGGAUUUAGUAUCACAGUGGGAACCGAGAGCUCGUAUGGUUUAGAGAACACUGAGGAGAAAACUGAGCUGUUCUCGUUUCCUGUUAAAGUCCCUUCAGGGAAAACCAUGGAUGUGGACAUCACUAUUGGCCGGGCUACAGUUGAUCUCCCCUACACUGGAACAGUCCAGAUUACCUGCUACAAUGGCAGUGUGCUGGAGUUUAAAACCAGUGGAACCUACAAAGGUGUCACUUACACUGAUGCAAAAAUUGUUGUGAAUGAAUCUGGAAAAAGAAAGUAAAUGCUCCAGUAUCAGAAAUUGGCUUGGUGCAGAUGCACAUUUUUUUGAUUGUCAAAUGAUUUUUUAAGAAACAUCCUGAGAAAUUAAUAGAACAAUUGAAUAUUUCAUAUGUUUUAACAUAUCUCACUGCAUAUUGAGUAUUGAUUUUUCUGAUCGUUUUGUUGUUAAUUUACUGACACGGAAAUUAUUCUUCAGCUUCUUUUUAAUGUGUAAAGUUUUCAGUUAAAUAAAUGAACCUUUUGAUUUGUA